AUGCGUUGGAUUAUUAUUCUUGGAUUACUUUUAUGCGGUGUUCAGUGGGCCACUGCCAGCAGUUCUAAAAUCCCCAAGCAAAAAUGGGGCUAUGUUGAUGUUCGUAAAAAUGCUCACAUGUUUUGGUGGUUUUAUGGUGCUAGUCAACAACGGCGCGAUCAAGCACCACUUGUAAUGUGGUUACAAGGUGGUCCAGGUGGCUCAUCGACUGGUUUUGGUAAUUUUCUGGAGAUUGGACCGUUAACAGUCCAAUUGAAACCAAGAAAUACUACUUGGCUACAAAAAGCAAAUCUCUUAUUUGUUGACAAUCCUGUCGGUGCUGGAUUUAGUUAUGUCGAUAAACCUUCUGCUUAUUGCACCAACGUGACACAAAUUGCUAACGAUUUGGUCACCAUGUUUAAAGCAUUUUUAAAGACUAUUCCAGCCUUUCGUAAAAUCCCAUUUUAUAUCUUCUGUGAAUCUUACGGAGGUAAAAUGACUGCUGCUUUUGGUGUUGCUCUGAAAAAGGCAAUCAUGUCCAAAGAAAUUUCUGUCGAUUUUCGUGGUGUUGCCCUUGGGGACUCUUGGAUAUCACCACAGGAUUCGGUUGAUACUUGGGGCCCUUAUUUAUUGUCUACAUCAUUGGUUGAUACUGAAGGUGCAGCACAAAUUCAAAGCUAUGCCAAUAACAUAAGGACUGCUCUUUCAAACAAGAAAUAUGCUAAAGCAACAAAUCUAUGGAGUCAGAUGGAAAAUGUUGUCGAAAACUUGACCAACAAUGUCAAUUUUUAUAAUAUCUUGACACAACCAUCAAGCAAUGGGUUAACCUGUGCUGCCCAUGAUACUGCAUGCCGGAUUUUAAGUGAAAUGAAUACCCUUACCCUAGCUCAGCUAAUGAAUGGCCCUAUUCGUAAGAAGCUUAGAAUUAUUCCAAAGAAUGUAACUUGGGGUGGUCAAUCAGGACCAGUCUUUCAAUAUCAAUCGGUUGAAUUUAUGAAACCUGUCAUUGAUGAUGUUGAUAAAUUAUUAGAUAUGGGUGUAUCAGUUACUGUCUACACCGGACAACUUGAUCUUAUUGUUGAUACUUUAGGUACCGAAAGGUGGGUCAAUAAGUUAAAGUGGAAGUAUCUCAGUCAAUAUAAAAAGAGCAAAAGAGUUCCGAUAUACGCUUCUGGAUCUCGUGAAACAGGCGCAUUUUAUAAAUCUUACAAAAAUUUGUCAUUUUAUUGGAUAAUGAAAGCUGGUCAUAUGGUGCCUGCUGAUAAUGGGCCGGUAGCAUUAGAGAUGUUGGAAAGAGUUAUUGGCGCAAAGCAUAUGAAUUAA